UGCAGUCCUUUUGAGGGGUAUUUUGAUUUGACACUAAUUGUAGAUUAAUUCGAUAGUUAAAAUGACUUGAUUUGAUAUUUAAUUUUUCUCUUUGUGAUGACCCGUGAACUAGGACUAUUUGAUUUCUUAUCCUGAAGUGCAUUUGCUGUCUAGAAGUUUUUUAGGUUCUAGUAUUUCGGUAUUUCGUGCGAGCUCACCUAAUCAAUCAAAUCAGAUAACACGGGUGCUAUGUUCUGAUAUAAGUUUGUAAUGGACAGCCCACAAAAUAUAAAAACCAAACUUAGUUAACACAAUGAAACAAGGGGGGACCCGUGCAAGUAUGGAAGAGGAGCAGGAAGACGAAAAUUCGGAAGCACAGACGAGAGCCUCGCGAAUGGCAAAAACGAAAGUUCUAGUCCGAAGCCAUGCGAUGCGCGAGGAGCAAUCUCCCCCACGUGCCCCAUCGCCAACGAACAAUACCUCCCAUCUCAUCAAGUUAUCACCCCAACCUCAGUCCUCCCCUGUAAGUCCAACUAAUCCCGUCGUUGUUCUGAGUCCUUCAAUUAGUAGAGGAAAUUCUCCUUGUAGGUCUCCCUCUAACCUUAAGUUAAGUAUAUCUCCAAACAAAAAGUGUUCACCCCGAUGCCUUUCUCCCCUAGAAGACGAUCUCCAUCAGAAAAUAAGGAAUAUUAAUUUAGAUAAUAGGGAAAAUGAACUACCUAGAAACGAAACAUCUAGUCAUAAUGAAAAUCGAAGAAGGUUCCGCAGUGAAUCAUCUCAGGAACUAACAGAUAAUGGAAAAGAAAAAUCGAAAAAUAAUGAUAACAGAGGCAGCUCUAACACGUUGAAUAUUUCUAGAACGAGUAAUAAGUGUAAAUUAAGGCAUCAAGGAUCGUCGCAAGGCAGCUUUGAAGAUGGAGAGUACAAGGACACCACAGGAAUUGAUCUCGAUAUAUUCAUUCCAGAAACUUUGAAUCGUAACCCAAAAGACAGAGCCUUCAUGCUCCGAAUCGAAAAGGAGCUACUCAGUUUGGCCAGGGACGAUAAUCCAUAUUACAGGAGAGACUACCUCAAAUUUCCUCCGAUGUCGAGUUACCAAAGAAUGCUUGUGCACCGAUGCGCAGCCUACUUCGGCAUGGAUCAUAAUAUAGAGGCAUCUGGUAAAUGUGUAGUUGUAAAUACGACGCGAAACACAAGAAUACCAGAACUACCAUUCAGAAAUCAUAUAAAAGAUGAAUAUCUCUUCUGUGAAGAACCAAGAAGAUCGAUCUUGAAGAGGGAGUCGAACAGCAGUGAUGACUAUAAUUUCAAGAGCCCAGAUAGGAGCUACGGUAUGGAAAACAGACGAAGCAAAAGUUAUGAAGAAAGAGAAGAAGAAUAUGAGAAAGUUAGAAAGAGGAUAUUCAAAGGCCAGAGGAAAGACAUCAAUGCUCUCGAUGACAUAUUACACUGGUCAGAGAUUGCACCGUGGUCAAGUACAGACAGCGAGACAUCCACUAGAUACAAACUGAAACUGCCAGAUUCUCAUUCCAGAAGACAGGGUAAAUUGUUGAAAGUUCAUUCUGAAGAAGUUGGUGAAACAAUGAGGCCCCAUGUGGCAAAAAGCUAUAGUUUCGGUGGAUAUGGAGGUUCCUUGAGUAGAGGCGAUAGUGUCACUUCAACUCAUGGCAGUGGCCCAAGACUGUUGACUAAACAAGAUUCAGCUGCCAGUUCGGUCAGUUGGCGUCUAAGUCCCUCUAGUUCGGGCUACAAAUCACAAUCGCAGAUGUCUGAAUCUGUGACCCCCUCCCCCACUUCUACGCCGCACAUGUUGAGAGAUUCCAGAAGGCAGGAUUCUAUGAACAGUGAAUAUUCCAACGAUAAACAUGAGAAUCCUAUUGUUUGGGCAGUAACAGACAUUGAAAGUGUGCCUAAAGGGAGUCUCAUCAUCAAUCCUCAGACUGGGCAACCCAUUAAGAACCCAGAUGGAUCACUGUAUCAUUAUGAUCCGAACAACAUUCCUUCUGUACUUGUACCUCCGGCGAAAUCACCGGUAUCGCCUAGAAAAAGCCCAACAUCUCCACGAAGGCCGACAAAUCUGUCGCCCGUGACAUCGCCGAAGAAGAAGUCAUCGAAAUGCUCACCGAUUCGGAGAUUGACCACUACAAAUAGUUCUACUAGUCCGACGUUACCGUUUACACCUCCUGUGAAUAUGAAUAAGUCUUUUUCAUUUCCACCUGUACAGGCAGAAACAAACAAUCAACCUUUAGCAUAUCCUCCUUUCAAUAUAUCUUUCCCACCUCCUCCCAUUGUGGGAGAUCCAGCUCUUUCGAUGUACAAUCAGCCUUAUUUUAUUCCUGGGCCUAACUAUGGAGUUCCAGUACCACCCAUGUAUGAUGGAAGAAUACCUGUUGACUCUUCCCAAAUGUUAGAAGCGAAUUCUAAUUACUACUUGGGUGGUGUGGAAAAUCCAGUUCAGAUGUUGUUUCCACAGCCGUCAUCUUUCUGGUCUCAUGGGCCGAAUUACUUCCAGAACCAACCUGGAAAUCAAGCAAGAUAUCCGCCUCUUUCACAGUCUACUCCAGGCAUUCCUAACGCUUACAUGACGCAGCAGACGAACGCAAACAAUGAAGUGAUGUACCCCAAUCAACAUCAGAUGCAAUUUGCCUUCGCCACAUCACAACCAACGGCAGCUAUGUAUCCGAAUCAGAGUCCCAUCUUAUUGAGUCAGAAUUCUUUCCCAACGUCUCACUACCCACCCCUGACGCCCACACCGACAACAGCAAUGCCGGGUGCAACUGCUCAAAAUACAUCGGCGGAACCGCCACAGCAAAUUUUGAUAUUCAAUGACCAACAUCGACCGAACAGUCGCAGUAACAGGUGCAGUUCAUAUGAUGAGGACAACGCUAAUCCCGCGAGUGGGCAUGGUGGUAGGCCUGCAAGUCUGAGAGGAUUUAUGUUGAAUUCUAGUCAAAAUAGUACGGCCACGAGCUCUCCUGCAACAACAGUUCAUCCAAAUUUCGGUCAGCAGAACCAGAGGAGUUGCAGACAGUUUCCAGAAAACCAUUCUGCUCCUUGCACUUAUAUGCCUAAUAAUUUGUUGAUGAUGAGACCUAUAGCUGUCCGAUGCUCAACACCAGGUACCAACAGAAGUAGCAGAUCCCCAACACCAGCUGGUGAUGCAUGCCAUUUUGGAGGUCAACGAUUACCCUUUCCUCAACAGGUCAUUCCUAAUUUGACUGGCAUGAUUCCACAUGAUCCAUCAUUAGCUGCUCUAUCUCAACCUGUUUUGAGGGUCUUCGGUUCUCUUUAUCCACAAGAAACUCCAAGAAAUCGCAAGCCUGCAAGAAAUAUUAAACCAGGUUUGCCACCAAGUGGACGACAAACAUGAGUAAUUCUGGAAAAUGCUCAUCGGACAUCAUACCCUGGUUAAAGAAUGAGACAGUACAUAUCGAAUCUCAAUUAUUGUUUACGCAUGUGAACAGUGUUGAGAUACCGGAAAAUAAUACUAUUCUAGUCAAAAAAUGGAGUAAAGGUAACUGAGCCAAAAAGCAAAGCUGUGUUUCUGAAAAUGAAAGAAUUUUUAUGCAAAUAAACAAAAUGCAAGCCAUAACUUACUUUCUUCUUUUGGGGUUCUAUUAUGAACAUCUUAGAUUUUCGCAAAAGUUCUUCAUAACUACAAUAUUGAAUUUUCAGCUUGUGUAGAUGAUGUAGCAACCCUUAAUAUCUCCUCUAGGGAUCUUUCCGAGAGAUUUAUGUUUGAAAUUUUUUUUCAAGGAGGUAAAAAGGAAGGCAAUUAAAUAUUACUUUUUCACUAUGGAAAUUAUUUUCAUAUUCGAAAUGAAAUUUUUCAUUGAUCUUAAGAUGGAGCAAUACAAUCUUUAAUAUUUUCCUAGAAAAAAAAUGUAGGCAUGGGAUCCAAUAUUAUUCCUAUUUCGAGAAUUUGCUUCAAUUCUACAGCUAGCUACAUAUUUUCAAGUGAUAAAAUAUGUCCACGAGAUAGCAGUUGACAUUUUGUUCAAUUCAUUACUCAACUGAAACUGAGCCAGUGAUAUUUCUUAAUAUUUCAUAAAGAAUGUUUCUUGAGUGUACCAUACUAAAAAGACAAUCCAUUAUGUUGUAAAUUGAUGUAGAAAAUAAAUGUAAAUAGUUAUAUGUGGGUCCACACAAUAAAUAUGUUGAUGAUUUUAAUAUUUUAAGGCGCGAUUGUAUCCAUGUUAUAAUUGAUAUUGAAAAAAUGAUUACAUACUUUAUAUUUUUUAACAUUUUCAGUCAUUUAGUCAUAAUAACAAUUACCAUUUCAUGUGCCAUUUUAUUUAAAAUAUUCGGUUAUUACAUUUCUACACACUAUUUAAUUCCAUCAUUUUUAUCAUCUGUCCCUUUUAUUAGCCGUUUCUAUAGAUGAAAGUGUUCAUUAUUGCAUCCUUUUGAUCGAAUUUCUUAAGGAAUGGAAAUCAAAGAAUUUUUUCCAUUGCAAAUAUAGGCACAACAUCAAGCAUUGUGUUCAUCUGAACAAUUUUAUUAUUCCAUCCAUUGGAGUACUUACAUUUGGAACUUUUGACUGUUGAAUGAGCCAUUUAUGAGGUGAUUUUGUUUAAAUAAUUGACACUGGGUGUUGGAAUACGCAUUUCUUUGCGAAAUUGGUGAGGACCGAUAUUACGAAAUGUUUUAUUGAAUUUCAUAUUAUGGAAUUGUUAUUCAUGAUCCAUUUGAAAAUGAUCCAUGUUAAAACUUUGAAAUUGUUGGACGAACUGAAAACUGAGACGUAGUCCUGCACAAGGUCCUUUGUACUUAUUUCACAAAAAUUAUUUAGUAUGCUUGGAAAUAAAUGUUAAAAUUGGAUUAGAGAUGAAACUAGAUUAGACUGAUUUUUUAGGAAUUUAGAACCAUUAGUGAGAAACUCUGAUUAAAAUUCUCUGUAUGAUUUCGCAGAAUGUUAUGUUUCUAUUGUGCCUCCAACACCUGAUAAUAAAGUUUUUUUAUACUGA